AUGAAAAGUGGAUUUACUGGCGAAAUCCGAAUACCCUUGCCCUAUAAACCGACCAUAUGUGCUCCCUCAAUGAGAGACUGUGCUGAUACAGUUGCCGACGUCGAUAUAAUCCUUACUGGAGAAGAUGGACGAUCGCUGGAACAGCACAAUUACUGGAAACAUAAUCUCCAAGGCGGGGCCAAACUCACGUUCGCCGUUUCGGGCAGCCACUCCAUAUCGGCCUUAUGGUCUCCACAAGAGGCCGGGGUCUAUGGUCUAUGUAACACCCACUGCUAG